UGUUAUCCUGAGUGAGUGAGUUCCAUUCACUAACAGUAGGAAUCUCCACCAAUGAGAAUAAUAUAGUGUUGAGCUAUCCUCGUCACAACAUUUCUGUGCCACCGCAGAUUAGUCCUACCUUAGUUUAUGUUGCGUAGUCAUAGUCAAGUCCAAGUUCAUGUUUCCUAGUUUGUCUCCUAGUCAUCAGAUCUCGCUUCACGUUUUUGGAUCCUAUCUUUGCUUAGCGUUUUGUGCCUCUGCCUUCUCGGACUGCUUACACCGUGGACGACCUCUCCUUUGAACAAAACUAUGGCUAACGUCAUGCCCUCGUGUUGGAGUCCUGCAUUUGGGCCACCUACAUCAGACCAGGGACCGAAAGCGGGCAUCCACAGCAGUCACGGCACAGGAGACAGGCUGGCUUCCCACGAGACCCCGCAAUCCGCCCCGUCCUACGGGGAGCACGGCCACGUGUCCAGGAAGAACCUGCACGUGGACGUGGGUAGCGGCCGGACCGGGAGGUCCCCUUCGGUUUCUCCCGAUCGAGGGAGCGUCCCUACCUCUCCUUAUUCUGUGCCUCAAAUAGCGCCCAUGCCCAGCAGCAAGCUGUGCCCCGUCUGUAAAACGGCUGACCUGACUGGCACCGGCGAUGACAGGCCGAGCUUCAACACCUGCACGCUGUGCCGCUCUAUGGUGUGCAACCAGUGUGGCUUCAACCCCAACCCUCACCUCACUGAGGUGCAGGAGUGGCUAUGCCUGAAUUGUCAGAUGCAGAGAGCGUUGGGCAUGGAUAUGACCACACCGCGUUCCAAGAGUCAACAACAGAUAAGCUCUCCUUCCCAUGUUGCCAAACCUGACGCUUCUUCCCAGCCUACCCCUCAGACACAGACAGCGCCUCAGACUCGGCCAGGGCCGGCGCAUCCGGCUUUGGGCCCUUCCAAACAGGCUGGUCCAGCUGGCCCAGGUCAGCAACCGACAAAGUUGCCUCCGGGGGCGGUGCCGCUCCCUGGCAUGGCCAAAGCCCCGUCCCAGCCCGAUUUGUCCCGAAACUCCCCCGCCCACCAACCUCACCACCCCCGGCAGGACCAGACGCGCAGCGCAGGCAGCUCUCCUUCACGGCAGCCCCCACCUCCAGAGCAGACUUUUGGGAAAUUAUUUGGCUUCGGUGCCUCUCUCCUUAACCAAGCCAGUACACUUAUAUCCGAGACCACUCAGCCCCAACAAGCACCCCCAAAACAGGCCCCAAAACCAGUUGGACCUCACGGUCCAGGACCCGGGGCACCUAAACACUCAGGACCUCCAUCUUCACAACAAGGGUCUAGGGCGCCGCCUCAGCAGCAACCUGCUCCUGCAAUUUCCCCUAAACCCAAAGCUUGUUGUCCUCUUUGCAAGACGGUCCUCAACAUCGGCAACGCAACCGAGCAACCCAAUUAUAACACCUGUACCCAGUGCCAGUCCAAAGUGUGCAACAUGUGCGGAUUCAACCCAACUCCACACCUAGUCGAGAUAAAAGAAUGGCUCUGCUUGAACUGCCAGACGCAGAGGGCGCUGUCAGGAAGUCUGGGAGAUAUUCCGGGGCCCGCGACGCAUUCUGCGGGUUCCGCUUUGCCAACUUCAGCGUCUAAUCUGCAACCGACUCAGCAAAAAGCGGGUGAUCAGCGGUCAGGGCCCAGGCCCACGGGUCCUCAGCAGCAACAGAAACCACCGGGUUCCCAAGAACACAUCAAAUCAAGUACACAUAGUUUAAGCGACACUGGAUACUCCUCGGAUGGGAUCUCGAGCUAUCAAGGGGAGAUUGUUGGUCAGAUUCAUGAAGACGUGGUCAAGCUCAAUGAGAGGGCCGUGCCCAUUUCCUCGGAAAUCACAAAGUUAGAGACGUCAAUGAAGCCUCUACUGGAGUCAGACCAGAAGCAUCGGCCUCAUUCACUGUCUGUCGGACAUGGACAGGACGUUAGUCCGGAUGACGACGCGGCAAGAGAUGAAUCAGACGAUGAGCUCAGCUGUAAGCUUCGUCACGAUUACGUGGAAGACAGCAGUGAAAGUGGUCUUUCGCCAUUACCAGUAAGACAAAAGAAGUCACAUAAAGAUUUGACGGAUGAAGACUUUAUGAGGAGGCAAAUUAUGGAGAUGAGUGCCGAUGAAGAUGAGUUGGAGGAAUACGGAGACCAGAAAGCUAAAAAAGGGCAUAAAACUAGUGGGGAUGUGAACAAAGAGAGACGACGAAUCCCCCACCAUUCUAGUAGUUUUGAGGAUUCAGCCAAAGAAUCGGAAGGUGUGUAUAAGGCCGAGGAAGAGGAAGACGUUGUGAUGGCUGGGGGUCUUCGCCGCUUUAAGACAAUUGAGUUAAAUAACACUAACAGUUUUAGCCGAGAGAUGGAACUCAGCGCUGAGCAUGACCUACGAGAACCAGAACUAGAGAUGGAGAGCCUGACGGGUUCUCCAGAGGAGCGAUCCAAAGGAGAAUAUUCCUCCACGCUACCUGCUACAACUCCCAGCUACACUUCAGGAACAUCACCCACGUCAGUGUCUUCCAUGGAGGAUGACAGUGACAGCAGCCCUAGUCGAAGAGCAAGACUAGAGGAAGCUAAACAACAGAGGAAAGCCAGACAUCGCUCACAUGGCCCAUUGCUGCCCACGAUUGAGGACUCCUCUGAGGAGGAUGAGCUCAGAGAAGAAGAAGAGCUUCUAAGAGAACAGGAACAGAUGAGAGAUCUUGAGCAACAGAUGAUUCGAAGUACUGCUCGAAAAACAAAGAGAGAUAAAGAGGAACUACGAGCACAGAGACGCCGGGAAAGAUCUAAAACUCCCCCCAGUAAUCUCUCUCCCAUUGAGGAUGCAUCACCGACUGAGGAGCUGAGACAGGCUGCAGAGAUGGAAGAGCUCCACAGGUCGUCAUGUUCCGAAUACUCACCCACGAUAGACUCUGAAGCCGAAGGCUUUGAUAUAGUAGCUGGAAAGCUCUACAAAUCGGGAAAUGAAUACAACCUUCCAACUUUUACGUCACUCUACUCUCCAACGGAGAAGGCACCGUCAGCUGAUAAAACACUAAAAAGUGCAGAGGAAGUAUAUGAAGAGAUGAUGAAGAAAGCCCAGCUCCUACAGAAACAAGGAAAAAAUGUUAUGCAGCAGAAACAUUCUCUGACUGACAAUACAAACCUUGAAACAGGUUCUGCCUUGACCCCUGGCUCCAGCCCAACUCAGAUUUCUGCCCCAACGUCCUUCUCCGCAACUGGAAAUGACCCACGAAUUCCAGGAAUUCACGCGGCACAGCAUCUUUCAAAAGAGACUCAACAUAGAAUGGCGUCACAGAGUGCCAAAAUUGAAGGUGUUGUCGGAGGAGUUGCCACAACCAAAAUGCAAGUCAGUCACACUGCUACAACUCGUGCAGGGUCCCAACGGCCAGCGCAAACAUCACCCGACCCUGCUUCAUCCUCUCUAACCUACAAAGUUUUUUCGCUUUUCAAAGGCCCCAGCCCUCAAACCUCACCUACCACUUCUCCCGUACAAAGCCCCACACAUACACCCGCUGUGCGUCCCGCAGGAAGUGGUGGCAGGCAGUUGCCUACACUGCCUGGUGGGGCAUCAUCAACUGUAGCUUCCCACGGAGCCCAAAGGUCUAUUUCGCCACGUCUUGUACGACAACAGUCCUCUCAAGAUUCACCAGUAAUGGUAAUAUCACUCGGAUCUGCAGCAUCUCAUCCUGCCAAGCCUGUAACUGUAAAUUCAUCCACUUCCCCAUUAUCAUCCCCAACACAGGUUACCUAUAAAACCCUGUAUAGCUCUCACCAUUCGUCCACAAGUUCUCCAACAUCACCACAAAUGCAACUGCCCCAGCUGUCCCCAAAACAUUCUUCACAGACGGCUCAAAUCGUGGAAAAACCAGGUGUUGCCAGUGGCACCCAGAGUCGUGGAUCACUUUCGAUGGAGAAUAUAUCUCUUUGUAAAAUUUCCAAUAUUCCAGGCGGUUCGGUGGUUGUGGAGCAGAGCCAAACUCACCCAACCAAUAUUGUGGAUCUUAGAGCUCCAAUGAGAUCUGCACCAAUUAUAAUGACGGAACAAGGGAUGGAUCUAACAUCGUUAGCCUCAGACUCAAGAAGGUACUCUUUGGGAGCCGAACAGCCAUCUCUGAGGCACACGGCAGUGCAACCUCUGAUCAUGAAUCUGAAUGCACAAGAGCAACCACAUGUAUCUGUAUCAACACCAACAACAGUAAGUGUGACAGUUGCAGGUUCUAUGUUCAUGUCUCAACCCAAACAACCUGUCGUCUACGGAGAUCCUUUGCAAAACCGUGUAGAUUUGGGCCAGGGAGUGGGAUUAGCUGUGUGUUUAUCGCAAAGUAAGACACCAGUUUCAGAUCCAUCCAUUCCCAAAAUUGAUGCCUGCCUUGAGAACCUUGGCUUACAACAGCAACAGUUGCAGUUGCAACAACAAAAGCUGCUGCAGCAGCAACAACUUCUAGAGCAGCAGCUCCAGCAACAUCAGCAGCAUUCUUCUUUUGCCCGUUACAAUUUAGCCAAUCAAAUCCCUCCACUUGUCAUGAAAAAGGAUCUUGUGGUUAGCCAGGCAACCAGUUCCCAGCCAGUGGUUACCGCAAGAGUGGCUCCGUUGGCUUCCCAGCCAGUUUGCAACGCCCCCCACGAAAUCUAUGGUGGGGUUCCUCUCGAGCUGCAAAAUAAGCCAACGGUAAUGAAUCUGUCCACGGGAAAGCCGCACGUUAUGAUGGUUCAACUUGACGAGAGUAAAAAAUCGGAGGCUGGAGCAGUGACUCAGUUGCUAAAGAAAGAAGAUCCUCCUCCCGCUCCUCAAAUCUUGGAUUUGACCGGGCAGAUCAAACCAGAAAACCAAGUUGCUUGUUGCGACAUUGUUUACAAUUUGCCAUUUGCCGCUUCCUGUGCAUUCAAUCAGAAGCCCACAACAGUAUCACCAGAAAAAAAACCUACCACUGAGACCACAAAACCGCCACCUGGUCCCCACCCUCUGCAUUACAAUGUCAGUCAACAGCAACAACUUCAGGCUACACAGGGAGUAACAGAGGAACAUAAACCGUACCAAACACCUAUCGGUCUACCAGGAAGAAUCCAGCCCUCCAUGUCUGAUACUAAUCUGCCUGCUAUGACUGAUGCUAGUCACUACCAGAGGACUAUUAAGGGCAGUAUGGCAGUAGAUCUUAGUAACAGAAAUCAGAGUUAUGAAAGUGGGUAUCUCGGCAUGGGAGCCCAGUACGGCUCAUACACAGACUUGCGUCACCAAGGAGACGUUGUAGGCCCCACAUUACCCAUUCGGCGUUAUGGCUCAAUGUCAAAUAUAAAUUCCGACUAUGGCUACGGGUCAAAGGAGUUAACGCAGGACUCCAAUUUAGCUCAAUUCAGUGCAACCACUGCAAGAGAGAUUGGUCACAUGUGCGCUGCUCUUAACACAAUAGAUCACUUUGCAACACGCUAUGGAAAUAAUCCUGAACUGAUGCCUUAUGGGGUUGGAAGAGGGGGGCAUUUAGGUAGGAUAAAUCUCCAUCAAAGUUUAGCAUCGAUAAGAGCAAGCCUGAUGUACGGCCCAGAUGGGAGAACCUUGCCAAAUGGUCAAAUGCUAACAAGCCUAAUAAAUGCAAGACAAGCAAGUAUACGCGCCUUGUAUCCUGCAGCUUUGAGAGGAGCCGAUGGCAUGAUAUAUUCUACCAUAAACACUCCGAUAGCCUCUACCUUGCCAAUUACUACCCAGCCAGGUCCUGUUCUGCACCCAAUGCCAAGAGGUAUUUACAGACCUUACCCGACAAGUGUAACCGCCGUACCAUUAGCUAGUCUUAACAGGCUGCCUCAAGUGAAUUCCAGAACGCCAAUGCCCACACAAGGAACAGGUUUAUAUCCUCCAAACCAGUACUCUGCUUCAGCCACAGCCCCUGCCACCUCCCAACAUGAAACUCCCAUGUAUCUUGGAAAGCCUUCAACUGCAGCUUCAAUCAUUGCACCAACACAAGCCAGUGCAACACAAAAUGGAUUACAACCUAGUGUGCAAAGCAUAACAGUUCAACAAACCGAUGACACUCAACAUACUUCACAGAUGAUGUCCGUCCCUCAAGGUCAAGGACAGCCUCCAACCGUCAAGCUACCGCAAGUCCAGAUGCAGCCACAGCAGCUACCAGCUCAAACUGAACCUUUAUCAUUAAUCCAAGCCCAUCCUCAGGCGCAAUCAAUCAGUCGACCCCAACCCUCAGUUUUGACACAUAGUAUCAUCACACCCAGUGCUACCAGCCCAACUUCAAAUGUGUCUCCUCCUAUUGAUCCGCAGAAAGGCAAGGAAGACGAGAAGCUUAGUCAGCAACAAGAGCACAUGCUGCAGCUCGAACGAGAGCGUGUUGAAUUGGAAAAACUGAGGCAGUUGCGCCUUCAUGAGGAGCUCGAGCGAGAUCGGAUGGAGCUUCAACGACACAGAGAAAAAGAACAACUCAUUGUUCAGCGUGAAAUUCAAGAAUUGCAGACCAUCAAGCAACAGGUCCUACAACAACAGCAAGCAGAGCGUGAAACUCAGCUCAUUAUGCAAAGAGAGCAAUUGGCCCAACAAAGAAUGCAGCUUGAACAAAUCCAGUCAUUGCAGCAGCAACUCCAAUUACAGUUGGAGGAGCAGAAAAGACAAAAGACAGCAGCAGUGGAGGCAGCAGCGGCCGCUGCGGCUGCGGAAGCGGCCGCGGCAUCCGCUGUUGCCGCGGCGACCUCUGCCCAGGGUGCUAUACAAGGGGUGGUGGUUGGAGGAGGGCCUCCUCAAAGCUUCCUUAUUUGUGAUCAGAGUGGAAGGGUUCUUCAGCCAGAUGGACAAACUGUGAAAUUUUGGCAAGACGGACAAGUGGUCCAAGCUGUGGUUGCAGCGAGACCUAUUCACAGUUCUGUGUCCGAAAUGUCCUUGAGAACCACUGACAAACAGGCCGAGUCCAAGAUUAUGAAGAAGCAAAAUUCCAUGCCCCGUCUUAGAGAUGGCGCAGAGGAUGAUUCUGUGAAGAAGAUAGCGGACAGUUGCGUGCAAACAGAUGAUGAAGAUGGAGAGGACCGGUUCAUAAACCGGCGCCGAAGAACAAGACGCAUUGCAGAUUGCAGCGUGCAGACGGACGAAGAGGAUCAGGCGGACUGGGACCAGCAGCCGGUAAGGCGCCGCCGCUCGCGUGUAUCGAAGCACUCGGAAUCCAGUUCUGAAAUGAAAUCAGAUGGGUCAUCGAGAGCUGUAUCUGCAAGUAUAGCUAUUCAAACCUCUAAUGACUCCUCAUGCCAGACUGAAUCUGACCAACUAGGUAGGGUUUCGCCAGCUAUUCAUAUCACCAUGGCAGAAAGCUCGAAGGUUGACCUGUUACAUUAUAUAGCCGCCCCUGAGAGGACCCAGAAGGGAGAAAGUCUAGCUUGUCAGACUGAACCAGAGUCACAGUCUCAAGGUGUGGUUACUCCUCAACUCAGUGUCCCGACAACGAUUAGUCCGUACUCUACAAGUCUGCACAUAGUUGGUGGAAAUACAUCAGACCCAAAAUCCCCAAAACUUCAAGGAGUUGCUAAAUUUGAGAGACGGAAACCCGACCCUCUGGAAAUCGGUUAUCAGCAGCAACCAAACGAAUCCCCACGCCAACCUCCCAAGUCCCCUCAGGUUUUGUACUCCCCGGUGUCUCCGUUGUCUCCUCAUCGGAUGUUGGAGACGACAUUUGCCUCACAAGAGAAGCUUAACAAAGCCCAUGUGACACCCCAGCAAAAAGCCUUCACUGCUGAAUCGCCGCAACGCCACCAGUCUCUACCAAGACCCAUAAAAAGUGUGCAGCGCUCCAUGUCUGAUCCGAAGCCCCUCAGCCCCACAUCAGAGGACCCUGCCAAGAGUAGAUUCUCUCCAUAUCAUCAGCAAGCUGUGAACAGUCAGCAGAUGGCCUCCCUGCAGCAGCAGCAGCAGAACGCUGUGAUGAGGAAGGUAAAGAGGACUCUCCCCAGCCCCCCUCCAGAAGAGACUCCGCUCCCCAUAGUUACUCCAGCACAAAUGUACAGUUCUCCUGGCAUGCCUCAGAGGGUCUUGCCCAGACCUGCACAAGGAGUCACCAAGGCGGGCUUGCUGAGUGAACUGAAAGCUGUGGAACAGGAGUCAUCAAAGCUCCGUAAGCAGCAAGCCGAACUGGAGGAAGAAGAGAAAGAGAUUGAUGCCAAAUUACGUUACUUGGAGCUCGGUAUUACUCAACGUAAGGAGACUAUGGUGAAGGAGCGGGAGAGGAGGGAGUUGGCUUACUUGCGCUGCAUGGGCGAUGCUCGGGACUACAUGUCAGACAGUGAGCUCAAUAACCUCAGGAUGGGAACGGCAGCAGGAACCUUCGAUGCGAAUGGUUUGCUGACAAGGCCCAGCACUGCACCGUUGAGUCAGUUUACUAAUGAUCUGAAUGCAACGUCCCAAUAUUCCUCAACCUCCUCCUACAUGUCUUAUCCUUACACUCAAAAUCAACCAUCGACACAGCAGCCGAGCUCUUCUUACCAUCAGAUCGGUUUCCAACCUCCUCAGUACCCUUCAUCCUCUGCUCCCCAGCCAGGGACAUUCCAGCCCCACCCGCCUCCGGGCCCUGGCUACCAGAACCAGGGAACCUAUUCCUCCCGUAUGUAUAGCCAACCCUUUUACCAAAACGAUCUUGCCAUGCAUCAGCAUGGUCACCAGGCCUUCCAUCCACCGAAUCAGCCUUUGCCAGGCCAAAGCCUUCCUUAUCCCAGCCACAGCUCCUACCAACCCGGACUGUCUUACCAGACCCAGCCAGAUAUUCUCACAGUACACCAAAGACCAAGGCAAACCUCUUUGGCUGACCUUGAGCAGAAACUUCCCACCAACUAUGAGGUCAUCAGCAACCCAGCAGUCUCGGUGGCCACAUCAGCUCCAGAUACGACAUAUGGUCCUGCCUACAGCAAUGCGUACGGUCAAUAUCGCCCGUCUGAGCCUGGCCUUACUCACUCUGGUGACAGCCCAACGUCUGCUUAUGUUUCAGAUGAACAUUACACCUCUAACCUAGAGCAGAACAUUCCAAGGAAUUAUGUAAUGAUAGAUGACAUCAGUGAGUUGACAAAAGACAACACUAAUCAACCCACCGAUGCCCUCGGUCAUCCAGUAGGAGGGCGAUAUCGCAGCGAGAAUGGUCCCGGACGUGGAACCGCCUACGGUAGACCAGAAGAUGAGCCAGUGGAUGCGUAUGGAAGACCCACUGGGACGAUGGGUUACCAGAGCGCAGUGGACAGUCGCACCAGUGCUGCAGUUGGUGGAGGAUCUUAUUAUUAUGAUGACUACAAACACACAUCACGAAGCAACGCCAGCAGCCACAAAGUCUCACCCAAAAAUCUCGCACCUGCCGUAGUCUCUUCCAAACGUAGUAAGCACAGAAAACAGGGAAUGGAGCAGAAGAUAUCAAAAUUUUCUCCUAUUGAAGAAGCUCGGGAUGUGGAGGCAGACCUGGCAUCCUACACUAUGACAACCUCAACAGGAGGAAGUUGUACUGUGGUGUCCAGGUCCAAGAAGCAGGAUGAACUGGCUUAUGGAAUGAAAAGGAAUGCAUAUGAUCAGCAGAAGUAUUACGGCACCAGUCGCGAGGGUCUCGAGGAAGAAGAUCGUAUGUACGGUUCUGGUAGGUCCAGGUCUACCGGAUAUGGCAUGGAUAAGAUAUCGUCCCGUGACGCCUCUGGUCACAGAAGCAAAUCCUACGAGAGGGAUGCCAUGGAGCGUUCUCAGAGAAGCGGUCGGAGCGGAAGGCCGCCCAUUCGCAAUCAGAAUUCAGAAGAAGAGAGUCCAAUAAGUCCCGUCGGUAAACCUGUAGGCAUUGGUCGGAGCUCUGCUGUGUCGAAUGCCCAUGACGUGAGGAACCAGUAUGGGUCGAGUCAUUCCCUUCCAGAUGUGCAGGAUCACCACAAGAAGGACCUUCCCAGGAGUCACGUGUACAAACCGGACGACCCUUACCUUGUAGACGACAUGCACUGCGCGGUUUCUGACAGUGAAGGUAACUGGUGCUGA